CAACAUGAGGAUACUUUUACUUCUAGCUGCCAUAGCUGCAGUAUCCCAAGCCCAGACUGACUGCUCCCAGGGGGCUUGUUACCCACCCAUCAAUGACCUGCUGCUGGGAAGGGCUGACCAGUUCCAUGCCAGCUCAACCUGCGGCCUCACGGGCUCCGAGGUCUACUGCACCCCUUACCAACAGAGGAGGAUGAAGUGUUGUCCAUGUGACUCAAGGAACCCUAAUGGUCCACUGGCCCACACUCUCAAGGAUGCACUGUCAUCUUCUGGACCAGACAGAUGGUGGCAGUCCAAGAAAGAGGUGGAUCCAGUCACUCUCCAGCUGGACCUCAACGACCUGUUCCAGCUUGAUAACUUGGUGCUCAGCUUUAAGGGUCCUCGUCCCGAUAGCUUUGUUAUAGAGAAGACAUUAGAUAAUGGCAAGACAUGGCAGCCUGCUCUCUACUUGGCAACAGACUGUGAAGAAGCUUUCCCUGGCAUUCCUACAACAACGCCUCUCACUCUGGAAGACACAUACUGCUACACACUGCCCCCUACUGCAGCAAACCCAUACCAAGACCACACAAUCCAGUUUAGUCCUUUGCGUCAGUACGCCUACGUCCCACUUCCCAACAGCCAAAAAAUUGAAGAUGUUUCCGCGGUAACGGGGCUGAGGGUGAAGUUGACAGAACUUGGCCAUGUGCCACGUCUACCAGGCAGAGCUUUGAGUCGGUUUUUCGCCCUGAAGGAGAUGAGGGUGAUGGGCAGCUGUAUGUGCCAUGGACACGCUAACCGAUGCCUGCCAGAGGCCCAAGACUACCCACUGCCAAACAGCGUACAGGUGAAUCCUCAGUGUGACUGCCAGCAUAACACGGCAGGUGUGAACUGUGAGCGCUGUGCCGAUCUCUACAAUGAUCUGCCCUGGAGACCUGCAGAGGAGGGCAACACUCAUACCUGCAAACGCUGCGAGUGUAACAACCAUGCACAGAGAUGUCGUUUUGACCAGGCGGUGUAUGAGGCCAGUGGGCGGAGGAGUGGAGGUGUGUGUGAGGCUUGUCUGCACCACACCACAGGACCAAAGUGUGACCAGUGUGCGCCAGGCUACCAGCCAAACCCUCGCAGCCGAAUGGACCGUCCCGAUGCCUGCAUACGCUGUAUCUGCAGUGCUGAGGGGACAGUGAAUGGGGGCAGGUGUGAUGACAACACAGGCUCCUGUCAAUGUAAAGUGAAUGUUGAGGGUCCGCGCUGUGACCGCUGUAAAAGAGGCUCCUAUGACCUGAGUGCCUCCAACCCUCUGGGCUGCUCCAGGUGUUCCUGCUCUCCAGACGGGUCACUGUCAGAUGUCUGUGACUCACUCACAGGACAGUGUCCCUGUCGUCCCCACUUCCACGGCUUGAAAUGUGAAGUGUGUUCCAAAGGCUACUGGAAACCAGCCCUGUCAGGACAGUGCACACCCUGUGGCUGUGACCCCACCAGGUCAUACAGUGAUACUUGUGACCAGGUGACGGGCCAGUGUCAGUGCAAACCAGGCUUUGGAGGACAAAAAUGUACUGAGUGCCCGGACAACACAUACGGAGACCCUCUGGUAGGCUGCCAAUCAUGUCAGUGUGAUGCUGAAGGAACACUUCCAGAAGUUUGCGACAAGCAGACAGGAGACUGUUUGUGCCGGCCAGGCGUCACCGGAAGGCAAUGUGACUCCUGCAGUCGAGGACGAUGUGACUCCUUCCCUGAGUGCGAGACAUGUCCCUCCUGCUUCUUCACCAUGGACGCCCAGAGAAAGAACCUCAGCUUGGCUCUGGGGAAACUCACCUCCAGUUUUCCUCUUCGUCCUGGAGGUUCUGGUGAUCCUGGAAAUCUCGGACCUCGCAUCCGCACCAUAGAGGCCACCCUGAAGCUGAUCCAGGACUCCAUCUCCCUUCCACCCACUACUGCCACAAAGGUUGAUGAUGCUCUGUCCCAACUGGACAAGCUCAGGGAUCAGGUGGACAAGGUAAAUGAUGAGCUUCCCCCCCUGGAAAGAACUCCUGGUCUGAACUCAGAACUGGACAAAUUGAAGGAUCUACUCGACAGCCUCACUCGGGAGUACAAAGCUAAAAAAGAUGCAAAGAAUAACUCUUUCAGUGAACACAAUAAAGGAGCAUUUUCUGCCAUCCAGAAUGCCUAUAAUGAGUCUACAGAUGCAGCUAAGAAAGUAGAUGCCACCAAAAAGCCCUUGACGGAGUCUGCUGAUAACAGAGAAGAGACUAAGAACCUUAAAGACAAAGUACAGCCAAUUAACAUCAGAGACCUGGACAAGCUGAACCAGAGCAUGGCCUCCCGACCUGACCUCACUCCAGUAGCCAAACAGGUCUGUGGAAGUGUUCGCUCAGAGCCCUGCACACCUCUCAAGUGUGAGGGUGGAAAUUUGUGUCCACCGGUCGGAACCCCACCUUGUAAAAAGGGUGAAAAGUGUGUGGGUGCCCUGCCUCUGAGCAAGAGGGCUGACGCUGAUGCUAAGGAUGUGAAAGACCGACUGGACAUGCUCUCUGGGAAGAUCACAGACGCUGCAGAGAAGCUCCAGGACACACAGGACACAACCAAUCAGGUGAGAGAGUCUGCAGAGAAGCUGGCUAAGAAGAUGAAACAGGCCAGAGACGAGCUAGAAGACGACUUGAAAGAGACGCGGGAUGUUGUGAAAGAUCUCAAAGACUUCCUGUCAGACCCAUCCUCCAACCUAACCCACAUCCAGGAAGUGAGUGACAGGAUCCUGGCAGCCAAACUGCCUCUGGAUGCUCUGAAAAAGAAGCUAGACGAGCUGAAGAAGCUGGCAGCCAAUCUGCCAGACAGCACAGCUGUGUUGAAUGAGGCGGAGCCGCAGCUGGACACAGCCAGGAAACUGCUGAAGGAAGCCCAGGAUGCCAGGGAUAAAGCACUGGAAGUAAAGGGCAACGUGGACGAUUUGCUGGCAAAGUUCGGCCCAGAGGAAGACGCCCUCUCUGACCUGGAGGACAAAGUACAGGACAGCAUGGAUAUCAUAGACAACCUGAACAAAAAUCUAACUGAGGUCAAAAACCAGCUAAGCCCAGCUGAGGAGGCUCUGGAUGAUACAUCGGCCCUGCUGACACCAAUAAAGCCUCAACUGGAUGAGCUCAAAAAACUGCUGCAGGAUGGAGGCGAGCAGGCCGAUGAUGCACAGGAAAAUGCAGACAACGCAGCUACAGAAGCAGAUGCUGCAAAUAAGGAGCUGUUGUCUUUGGAGAAGCUGCUGGAUCUUCUUAAAAGAAAGAUUGCAGACAGUGGAGAGGUGGGGCCAGUGGCCGAGCGUCUAGAUAAACUGCAGCAGGACGCUGGAACUCUGACCAACACCACUCAAAACAUGAUGAAGGAUCUGGGAGAUAAAGCAGAUUCCCUCCGGUCGCUGCAGAAGGAGGUCCUUGAUAAGUCAACAAAGCUUCAAGGACUUGAUGCUAAGCUGGAAGGCCUUUUGAAACAACUUCGACAGAAAGUCAAGGCCGUCAACAGCUGCCAGGGCUGAGCUGUCCUCCAAGCAGCAGUGCAAAACUUCAUACCAGUCUUUUUACUCCAUUCACCCUCGCACUGUCACUUCACUGAAGGAGAACUCCUCCUUAACUCUGAAACAAUGUUUUCACUCUUCUCUAUGGCAUUGCACCUCUUCUCUGUCAGUUGUCAACUAAUUGUGGGAGAUGUAGGAAGUCAUUGUUUGGAGUUGAAAACUCCUGAGUGAUAAGUAACAGUGUCAGUGUGUGUGGAGGGUGGGGCCCUUUAAUGAUGGUCCUUAAGGUUCCAUUUGCUGUCCAGAUAGCUAUUGUGUGUGUAAAUACCGAUGCUAUCACGUUACAUAGAAAAUAUGUAUUUGCAAAACAUGGUGAUAGUGUAAAUUUGUCAAUAUCAUUUUGAUUAUUCAGCAUUUUUCUAGAAAAAGACCACAGCUUCUGGCUUUCUGACAGCAAAGAGCAAAGACAAACUUUUAUUUUUCAACAGCAAUACACACUCCACUGUGAACACUCCUCCACAAUUACUGCAUUUUUUUAGAUCUUAAAAGGUCAAUGUCACAUUAUUUAUUCUCUGUUUUGUAUAUGUUGUUUUCACAAUAUUUAAAUAAAGCCU